AUGGAAUCGGAAACAUCUCAGACAGACGAUAAUAAUGAACUUCGCCAAAAGUUGACCAUUGUCAAGGCUACUUACGAAAACAAGAUACGAGAUUACAAGAAGUCGAAUGAUGAUCAAAAGCGCCUCGUGGAAGAAAACAAAAAAAGAUUGAUAGCAAUUGAAAAUGAAAAUAGUCGGUUAAAAGAUGAAAACAAACAAUUGAAGGAUGAAAUAGAAAGGGCGCUUUUUGAAUGUGCACAGCAAGAGAAACUACAAGAGCAAGAACGGGAAAGUCGUAUAUCUCUUGAGACAGCCAAAUUUCAAGAGUUGGCUCAAGCGAAAGGCAAUUAUAUAAUGUCUUCUUUAAGACAACAACACCAUAAUCAAAUACAAAAGCUGGAGAAUGAGCUUCAAGAAUGUAGGAAUAGCGAAUAUCAAUUACAACAUAAAUGUAGGCUAUCGGAACUCGAAAAAGAUUCGUAUAUGAAACGAUGCGAGUCGUUAGAGAAAGAUGUAGAACAAUGGCAAAAUUUAGCCAAAUCGGCGAUAGAAGAAAAGCUUCAAACUGCAACGAUAGAUCUUGACAGAUACCAACAAUCAUCUCAAAGUUAUGAGCGUGCUUAUAAAGAUCAAAUUAUUGUUGCUCAAAAAGCAAAUUCAGAUAAGGACGAGGCGAAUCAAUAUCAUCGUGAACAGUUGAGACUUUUGAAUACAGAACUAGAAAACGCGCAACGUUUAAUACAAAUUAAUGAAAAACGCGAGGAAGAACAUCAAAAACUUAUGACAGAAACUAAAGGAGUUGUUGAUGACUUAAAUAAUACUCUAUUGGAGACUAAAGCAAAAUUUGAAGAGAAACAAAAUUUACAUGAUGAAAUUCAAAGACUAAAAGAAGAGAAUCGACAAUUGAGCGAUAUAUCUGCAAUUGCUGAUACUACUCCAGUUGGAGCUGUAAACCUUGCAUUGCAGAAAAAAGGAAAAUCUAUAGUUCAAUUGUAUUCUGAAUACUCCAAGCUUCAAGAACGGAUUAUAGCCGAAGAGAAGAAGAAUAUGGAGCUUUUGCAACUUUUGAAUACGUUCAACCAUGAAAUCGAAUAUGAUAGAAUCGUCAAUGAGCAUAGGCAAAUGUCCGAACAACUUUUACAACGUGAUAAAGAAAUUGAAAACACCAAAGCAUUAUUAAAAAACUCCAGAUCAGAAAAUCAGGAACUUAACGACCGAAUCAUUGAGCUUCAAAACGAAAAAGAAUUGUGUGUCAAACACAAUACGUCACUAUUAGAAGAACUCGACAAGCUUCGUAAAGAAGGCUCAACAAGUGUUGAAUUAAACGUUAACGGAGAGCCGGUCAAAUACGAUGAUUUAAGUUCAUUAUAUUCGCGUACCCUUCAUUUAGAAUCUGAAAAAACAAUUAUGAUUAGGAAGAUGCAAAGUUAUCAAAACAUGAUUAGUGAGUUAGAAGUCCAAAUAUCUCUUAAAAAUACUGAGAAUAAAAAUGCGGUUGGGGAAGUUACUCGACUUCAACAGCGUCUAAAACAAUGCCAGACACAAAUUGAAACGCUUGAACGUGAAAGAGAUUUGGAAUUACGUAAACGUCGCAGUAUGUCUAUUGAAUUAACCCCAAUAAAGGGUGCACACCAAAUGAACGUUUCCUCUGCUUCAUUCUUACCCGAAUAUCAACCGGAGAAUACAGACUUGAAGAACCGCCUUGAUAUUGCUACUGAUGAAAUUAAGAAUUACGAAGAGAAGUUGCGAAAGGCAAACCAAGAGUUGGCUGUAUUCCGUCACGAAAAGAUUCAACUUUCAUACGAUAAACAGCACUUAGAAGAACGAUAUAAAAUCCUUGAUAGCCAUUUCAACAUGAAAAAUGAUGAAAGUAAAUCCAAUAAGGAUUUAUUACGACAAGUACAAAAGAUAAACGAACAAUUAGAGAAACAAGCGAAACAGGCCGAUAAUGAAAGGGUAAUUUUAUCUCAUGAGCUCAAAACGUUGAAAAAUGAGUAUCAAACUCGUAAAGAUGAAUGGGAGCAGUUACAACGUGACUUUAAUAAAGAAAUGGAUGGGCUGAUGACUGAUAAACAGAAAGCUGAGACCGAGGCCCAAGGCACACAACGGUUAUUAGAAGAGAAAGGUCGCUUAGAAACCGAACUUAGUGAAACUCAAGAUAAACUAUUAGCAAUACAAGUUAAACACGAUAAAUUAAACGAACAGCAUGAAGAGCUAUCAGAGAAAUAUUAUUCUAUACUCACCAAAUCAGCCGAAGAUAAAAGCAAAUUUAUUGAGGAAAACACAACAUUACAACAGAAGAUUCAUGUGAUUGAAUCAGAACAGGAUAAAUUGAAUGCAACCAUUGAAUCAUUAAAUAAAGAAAUCCAAGAAUAUAAGGAUAAGGUGCAUCUUUUAGAGACACAAGGACAAGGACCUGCCAUAGUUCAAUUACAGCGUGACCUCGAUACACUCAAGAAAGAACAUGAAGAGUUACAAAAGUACAGUGAAUCAUACAAAGAUUUAGCAGAAUCAAGAGGAAAGUCUUUAGAAGAAAACGAAGGAUUAUACCUUGAAUUGAAAACCGCUGCGGAUCAAGAAAUAAAUGAGAAGAAUGUCACGAUAGCAGCGCUUCAAGAGGAACUACAAAAAAUUAAGGAUGAACUCACAUCGAAGGAAGACAAUCUUAAUAAACAGCUAAAGGAACUUUCUGAUGCCCUUGAUCAGUUAAGUAUUUCACAACAACAAUUAAAUGAACUUAUGUCAAGCUCGGCUGCCAGAGACCAGCAGCAUAGUGAAGAGACGAAGAGACGAGAAAUUUUGUUGGAAGAAUCACAGCAAAAUUAUAAUAGAGAGCUUGCAGCUCAUGCAGCUGCUGUAAAAUCUUUGAAUGACUUACAGCUUCAGCAUAAAGAAUUACAGGAAGAAUUUGAUCAAUUGAAGGAAAUAUCCAAACAAGCAGAAUCCUCGUGGAAUAAUGCAAGAACACGAUUGGAAAAAGAAUUAGCAGACUCUCAACAAACGUGCAAUGAUCUUGGAAACGACAACAAAGUUCUUCGUAAUUAUUUCAAUAAUAUGACCACAGAUAAGGCUUCUCAGUAUCACGUGAUAUCUCUGUUGCGAAGUGAUCAACAGAAGGUAGAAGCAGAAAAAGAAUAUUACGCAAAACAGUCCGAGCGGUAUAAGGCACAAUUAGAACAAACCCAAAAGAAUUAUGAUGAAACACAAGCAUUACUCCUUAAGGAACGAGCGGAAAAGUCUUCUCCUGAUAAGCAACUUCGAAAUGAACUUCUAGAGGCGCAAAAAUUAUCAAAAAUUCUAGAUGAAAGUAAUCAGACCUUACGAAACGAAAAGGAAAAUUUAGAUAAGAAGAUGUCAGAGUUGGAGUCUUCAUUAAAAGAAUCUGAAGAGAAAAAUGGUUCUCUUGAAGCUGAAAUCCGAAACUUGAAGGUUGACGUUAGCACUUCUAAACAAGAAAUAACCCUUCUUAAAGACGACAACAAUAAAUGGAAGGAUAGGUUCCAAACCGUGCUUAAGAAAUAUGGAACAGAAGUCGAAUCACUGACACAAGACCUUAAUAAAGCAAAAAGUGCAUACGAAAAUACUAUCAAGACUACUAAGGCUCAGUACGAAAACUUGAAAGCACAAGCAAUAAAGCUCAAAAAUGAAAAGGAUGGUAUCAAGACAAAGGCCGAACAAUUAGAGAAAGAAAGUGUACAGUUGAAACAGGAGAAUACGAAUUCGAAGCAGGAAAUUACAAAAUUAAAGGAGUUAAAUAAAAAAAUCCACAUGCAUAUGCAGGGUAUACAACGAAGAGCUGGAGAAUUAAAGAAGGAAAAUGAAGAAACGAAAAAACAAAUCGAAGAGUUGAAAAGCCAAGCCGAAGAGUUUAAGAAACAAACCGAUGAAAAGACUAAGCAAUUUGAAGAAGAUCGUGCAGAAUUCUUGAGAGUAAAGGCCCAAGAGUCUAUUUAUACGAGUAGGUUGAAAAGAAUGGAGGCCGAAAAUUCUGAUUUGAAACAAAAAGUUCAAUCUUUAUCUGAAAGUUCUUCAAAAGCAGAAAGUGCCAAUCAACCAACAGCCGAAACUACCACAAAAGACACGGUAGCAUUGGCAGAAGAUUUUUUGCAAUCGUUAACAGCAUUGCCUAUAGCACCUACUUCACCUUCAAUGUCAGUGACUCCCAAUCCACCUGCAACUCCAACUGCUCUAAUAAAAUUAGAUUUAAACACAGCAAAUGCUUCACCCAAAAGCCCUCUCCAAGCUACGCAAGAAUUACCUAUCGACAAACAGGACGAUGUUUCACAAUCACCAAGUGUUUCACCAAGUGUUCAACCAGCCAAUAUUCAAUCAAACAAUGUUCAACCCGCCACUACUAGCGGUGUUGAUAGUCCGAAUACAACUACUUCGGUAUUGGUUAAACCUUCUGGUAAUAAUAAUAAUACUGGUCAGAUGCAAAAUGUACCAAGGGAAAAACCUCCUGUUAAAAUUCAAAGACAUCGUGGACCGACGGUUCUUCCAGGUUCGCCCCGUGUAGACCCGGUUCAAAUAGCAUCUCCUACACCUACUACCGAGGAACAAUCAUCAACCCAGCCACAAACUGUGCCGGAUACAGAAAAAGUUGCUCAAACAUCCGAAAUACCGGAAACAGAUGUAGCUGUUCAACCAGUAGUUCAACAAGCAUCAACCGAAAUAGUUUCACUUCGGCCUGCCGAAUCCGAACCACAAACUUCCGAAGUGGCAGAAGAAGCUUCUUCUACUGAAACUUUGACUGGACAUAAGCGUUCUCGGAAUGAGGUUGAAGAAGAACAGCUUUCUACUACAGCUACGCAAGCCGAAGACGUUAAUACUACAACAAUUCCCUCAAACGUUGCAGACGAAGGAAAUGAGGGAGAGAAUGUUAAUACCGUUAUUCCAGUUAUAAUUGAAGAUGUUGAUGAAAAUCCUGCAACGAAAAAGAUGAAACUUGAAGAAUAA